AAAGGGUGCCAACGCAUCUGUUAGCUUCACUCUGCACCUGCAUUUUGGCUUGUGACAGUCAACGGUGAAGGAAGACAACUUGUAAACAGCAUGGCUUUCGUUCGAGUCUGGUGUUUUGUCCUGUUGGUGGGUUUUGCCGCGGCAUGUCAACCAGACUGCUCGUCGAAGUGCCCACCUAAGUGUCCACCGAUGUGGACUUUCUACAAUGGCAACUGCUACCGGUACUUCGGCACUGGCAAGACCUAUGAUGAAGCUGAGAGCCACUGCCAGGAGUUCACUGAAGUCGGCCAGGGUCACCUUGCGUCCAUAGCCAGCGCCGAGGAGAAUAAUCUGCUCCUGACGAUGUGGAAGUCGGUCCGUACAACUACAACAGGCGGCCUGUGGAUCGGCUUGAAUGACCAGGCAGAGGAAGGGAAGUUCAUCUGGACGGACGGAUCAGCGGUUACCUUCACCGACUGGGCUACAACCCAGCCCGACAACUAUCAAAACGAGGACUGUGCUCACAUGCGGCAUGAGCUAGAUGGCGAUGACAGAUGGAAUGACAUCGCAUGCAACAGAGCGUUCGCCUACAUGUGCAAGAUGUCAACUACAAAUUAAAUCGACCCCGCAAUGGAUGACCACGGAGAUGCGUCAGAACAUGAUGCCACACCAAACCUGCAAAGCCCUCGCAAUCGAUGGCAUCGGCUAUGAUCUCACCAAACUGUCUCACCAAACUAACACUCACAAACAGAAUCACUUAAAGGUUUUAAGAUCGUUUUAAGACUUUAACCCACUUUGCAUCUUUGUGGCUUCAACGUUUACGAACCUGCGUGAUUCGAGUUUAACAUUUAGUAUUUAGCCUUUGCUUGUUUUACCAGGUGUCCAGGUUUAAUAUUGAGAAGUAUGGACGAAGACCAAACGCAACGGUGAACUAAUCAGCUGUUGUAAAGAUAGGGUAAAUCAAAUAUUCAUUUUGUGCAUUUGGUUUCGUUUAAAGCAAUAAAGGUGUUGAAAAUGUUAAGACGGAGCCUAACAACUAAACUAACCUGGUGAAAUUUUUAGAGCUGUGAAUGAUGCUUAUUCCGAGAAAACAAUUCUCUAGGAUCUUGGUUUCAAACAGUUGCCGAGUCAUAUUUUGGCCUAAAAUCAACGUUCGGGACACGUUCUCAUUCAACCGAUUGCAGCUACGCGAUAUCACACACUGCGCACUUCGUCAGAUUACAAACUAACUGCUAACGGAUAUUUCCAAAAAUACGUCUUGAGACGCAUCUUUGGAAAUGACUUUCUUUUACAUUUGUAUUCAAGAUGACUGCAGUAUGCCCGAAAGAGUGCCAUUACUAUCUUUAUGCAAAGUACGCUUUUCAACAUUAAUUUGGUCAUACGUGUCCGUUACCUUCUGGAUAGCUGCAAAUGAUCUACUCUUACCUUGAACACCAAUGACAUUAUCUCCAUAAAGCAAGGAACCAACGAACUGUGAUGUGUCUCAGAACUACAACGCACAAAGAAUCAUUCAAUUCAAAAUACGAUUCCUCAUGUUACUGACUCCAACAGAAAUAGCAAGCUGACUUUACUGGACACCUUAUUCGUCAUUUUUAAUUCAUUUACUGUUUAAUUUAUAUCUUUUUUUUUGGCUGUUUAAUGUUCAUUUUUUUCUUAAUUUCUUGUUGAAAUUAUCUCCAGGAUAUUCCUUUUGCAGUUUCUAUAACAUUUCUUGUUCAUGACGUCAAAGUACAACAAGAAAACUCAAAAGCUGAGAUGUUGAUGGACUUAUUCAAAGCAAAUUGCUUCCUUAAAUAAAACAAAUCCAGUUAAUUUUACAUGGCACAGACUAAACUAGGGUUAAUCUUUUGAACGCGAUUCAUAAGAAUUGAUGUUAAUUGACGGUGCUUGACGUUCCCACCAACAAAUUAUCACUGUAACGAUGACAGAAAAUGUUGAAUUGAUUUCGUGAAAUUUGAAAUUGAAAAUUUUACAUUUCCCUUCAUCGUUAGCCUCGAUUGCAAGCUCUCAAAACAAUUUCAUUUUCUUUUCUUAACUUGUGCAUUUUACUUUUUGUUUUGUCAUUUUUUAAGUUUGUUUAAUCUUAUUUUCUUUGGUUUAAUUUUUGUUGUCAUCUUGCAUGACUGAUCUUCUCUUUCACGCUGAAUUAUCGUAGAUUAAAGAUGUCGCAUGAAACGU